AUGUCCAAAUGCCCUGUGCCAACUGAGCCAGAGCAGAACACCAAACACGUUAGAUUCAAGGGCAUUAUUUUCAUUCAUACCUUUGGGGUGCCAGCACCAUUGCCCUUGCAGGAUCCCACCACUUGGGAGAUUCUAGACCAGUUUCUAAUGACAGAUCUGACUUAUGGUCAGAUGGAAGAAGAUUUUUAUGCAUACCUUGGCAAUUGUCACUGCCUUCUCAAUUGGAUGGAAGCCAGACUCACAUUGUUCUCUGGCGAUGGUAAUGACAAAAUUUCAUUAGCCAAUCUCCUUGCCAUGAAGCAUAAGCAUGUCUCAGCCACACCAACUGGAUCAAUUAACUCUCAAUUAAGUUCAGCAUCUGGAUUAUGCACUCGUCAGCAUCAUUCUUACACACAUAAGAAUCCAUAUAUCGACAUUGAAGCAGAACAGGGCAACAACAACAACAACAACAAUGAAGAAGAUGACCAGGAGGAGGAGGAUAUUGAGAUUGAUGAUGGCCCCCUCAGAUGCACCAAGGUUACGCUCCUACCAGGACUGAAGCAUGAGCUCUCUGAUGCGAUUGAUAGGAUUGAGCAGAAUGUGCACAGUGGGAGUAAUAGUAUAGUUCAUUGA